GUUUUAACCAUAUUUAUUUUUGUGCUUGACAACUUUGUGCCUAAACUCGCGUUUUUCAAUCAGGCUUUUUUGUGAAUUUCAACGAAUAUCCCACACAAAUCCGUCGACGAGAAUGGGUAGAAGUCGCACGAGGAGUCGCUCCCCAAAACGGCACCACAAAAGUAAACACAGUAAGCGCAGCAAGUCUAGGGACAGCUCCAACAGCAGGAAACGCCACAGAGACAGAAGUGCCGAAAAAAUUAAGGAAAAAUCCCAUAAAAACAGGAAACGCACUGACUCAAUUUCCAGCACUUCCAGUACAGAUGGCUCGGAGCACAAUUCGCGACGUACCCAUAAAAAAGUUAAAAGUAGAAAAAUGGAUGAGGUCGAGAGGUUGGCCGAGAUGGAGAGACAGAGGAGACAAAGGGAGGCCGAACAAAAACUUAUAGAAGAAGAAACAGCUAAACGGAUAGAAGAGUUGGUUAGUAAAAGAGUUGAGGAGGAGCUUGAUAAGCGUAGGGAGGAGAUUGAAAAAGAGGUGGCCAGAAGGGUCGAAGAAGCAAAACAGAUAAUGGAGAAGAAACUAAUGGCAGAUAUGGAAAAGAGGAGGGACAAAGAAAGGGAAGAGGAGAAAAGAAGAGAGGAGGAGGAAAGGAAAAAGCACCAAGAGGUCCAGCAGAUCUUGGAGGAGAAUCAGCGCAAAAUAGAGGAGGCUCAAAAGAAAUUGGCUGAAGAGCGGUUAGCAAUGGUGGAGGAACAAAGAAAAAUAGACGAAGAACGGCGACGGUUACAAAAAGAACAAGAAAAAAGGCUGAAAGAGGAACAGAAAAAAAUAUUAGGAAAAAACAAUUCGAGGCCGAAAUUGUCGUUUUCAUUGAAGCCAGUGACAUAGUGUGUUGUUUUUUUAGCAUUUGAACUGUAUAUAUAUAUUGUGAAAGGAUGAAGAUGUAAUUAAUUUGUGGGGAAUCAUUGUGUAAGAUUUAGGAGUAUUUUUCAAGUUAUUUUAAGGUUUAAAUAAAUAGUGAGCAGGUGUAAUUGUAUUAAUAGAUUUUGAUAUAUUAA